CUGGACUGAGUCAAAGCCUGAUGCCCCUCCCUCUUCUUCCUGCUCUCAAACACAGCCAGCUCCACUCUGUUCAUGUGUUUCCUUGUUCCCUCCCUUCAGAUCUACAGUUUGAAGAUGGGUGGAGCCAACAUGUGGUGAAGUGCGAGAGCUGACAGGCCCCGUUCACUGCAGAGACACAUGUUGUUUAGAUCAGAGCUCAAACUAGUUUCAGUUCUGAGGAAGUGAAACUCAGACAGUCGUUGUCACCGAGAGCUGAAAUGGCACAGAAAGGAGAUCAGCUGGACCGGGAGACCUUCUCUUGUUCCAUCUGUCUGGAUCUACUGAAGGAUCCGGUGGCUGUUCCCUGUGGACACAGCUACUGCAUGAACUGUAUUAAAAGCUUCUGGGAUGAAGAGGAUGAGAAGAGAAUCCACAGCUGCCCUCAGUGUAGGCAGACCUUCACACCGAGGCCUGUCCUGGGGAAAAACACCAUGUUAGCAGCUUUAGUGGAGCAGCUGAAGAAGACUGGACUCCAAGCUGCUGCUGCUGAUCACUGCUAUGCUGGACCUGAAGACGUGGCCUGUGAUGUCUGCACUGGGAGGAAACUGAAAGCUGUUAAAUCCUGUCUGGUUUGUCUGGUCUCUUACUGUGAGAAUCACCUGCAGCCUCAUCAUGAUGUAGCUCAGUUAAAGAAACACAAGCUGGUGGAGCCCUCCGAGAAGCUCCAGCAGAACAUCUGCUCUCGUCACGAUGAGGUGAUGAAGAUGUUCUGCCGCACCGAUCAGCAGUGUAUCUGUUAUCUCUGCUCUGUGGAUGAACAUAAAGGCCACGACACAGUCUCAGCUGCAGCAGAAAGGACUGAGAGGCAGAGAGAGCUCCAGCUGAGGCGACAAGAGAUCCAGCAGAGAAUCCAGGACAGACAGAAAGAUGUGAAGCUGCUUCAACAGGAGGUGGAGGCUCUCAACGGCUCUGCUGAUGAAGCAGUGGAGGACAGCGAGAAGAUCUUCACUGAGCUGAUCCGUCUCAUGGAGAAAAGACGCUCUGAUGUGAAGCAGCAGAUCAGAUCCCAGCAGGAAACUGAAGCCGGUCGAGUCAAAGAGCUUCAGGAGAAGCUGCAGCAGGAGAUCGCUGAGCUGAAGAGGAAAGACGCUGAGCUGAAGCAGCUCUCACACACAGAGGAUCACAACCACUUUCUACACAACUACCCCUCACUGUCACCACUCAGUGACUCUACAGACUCAUCCGCCAUCAAUGUCCGUCCUCUGAGACACUUUGAGGACGUGACAGCAGCUGUGUCACAGCUCAGAGAGAAACUACAGGACGUCCUGACAGAGACAUGGACAAACAUCUCACUGACACUGACUGAAGUGGAUGUUUUACUGUCACAACCAGAGCCCAAGACCAGAGCUGACUUCUUAAGAUAUUCACAGGAAAUCACACUGGAUCCAAACACAGCAAAUACACGUCUGUUAUUAUCUGAGGGAAACAGAAAAGCAACAGUAAUGAGUCAACAACAGUCUUAUCCUGAUCAUCCAGACAGAUUCACUUCAUAUCCUCAGGUCCUGAGUAGAGAGAGUCUGACUGGACGUUGUUACUGGGAGGUGGAGUGGAGAGGAGGAGGAGUUUUUGUAUCAGUCUCAUACAAGAAUAUCAGCAGAGCAGGGGGGGGAACUUUAUUUGGAUAUAAUGACAAAUCUUGGUCGUUAGAUUGUGAUCAAAACAGUUUUUCAUUUAGAUUCAACAGCAUCAACACUCCAGUCUCAGGUCCUCUGUCCUCCAGAGUAGGAGUGUACCUGGAUCACACAGCAGGUGUUCUGUCCUUCUACAGCGUCUCUGAAACCAUGACUCUCCUCCACAGAGUCCAGACCACAUUCCCUCAGCCUCUCUAUGCUGGACUCUGUCUUUCCUGGGGUGUUGGAGGCACAGCUGAGUUUUAUAAGCUCACAUAGAUAAAAGUCCAGAUUUGUAUUUGGUUCCUAAAGUUAUUGUGUCUCCAUCAUUGUUGCUAA